AUGGUUGUGAUAGAUGAUAAACUCCCUCCGCCACCUCCUUAUCACUCUGGCCCGCGCCACCCGGGCCCGCGCACGAAUGCCAAUAGACGAGUCGAACUAGCUCCCCCGCCGUUCCAGUCGCGACGCACUUGCCAUUCGUUGGUUGAGCUGCCUCAGCAUAUUCUUCUCCAUAUUGUAUACGCAACAUGUCCCGACUACAUCCCCGCUGAACGACUGCGAAGGCGCUUGUACUGGGUGGCUAUGUAUCUUCGUCUGACGUCGCGAGCGGUAUAUAUUGCGAGCAUGCACUUGCUACGAUCGACUUAUCUCCCACUUUACACCGAGCUUGUGAAACCGCCGUACACGUCCGACCCCUUCCCACUCAACGCACCCUCGUUCGUCCACUACACACCCACACCCACCACAACCACAACUUCCGCCCUCGGAACAACAACAGAUCCGUUCUCCACACCAUCGCUCCAAUCGGUCCAGCGAGAAACAGCGAUCCUCGACCGGUUCCUGGUGCUCAAAAUCUGCGACGACGUGCGGACAGACGAGACGGAGCUCCACCUGGGAUCAGACGAUGCGUUUGCGGAUAUAUUCGAUUUAAUGCAGCCGCGCAGUCGUUUGGAGGAUCUGGUUAGGGUUUUUGGGAUUCAGACGGGGGUCGUUGCGGAUACCGUCGAGCCAGCGUAUUCGUCCGUGUCGACAAGACAUGCCAGAUCGAAAAAGUUGUUGUUUGAGACGUUGUCGGUCAAUUUUUCGCCGCGCAAGGUCUCGCUUGUACAAAUAGACCAGAAUCGGAGAAAGCAUACCCUCGUUGAGAUCCAACGAACCAAAACCGAGACACUUGAAGUGAGCGCCAAACGUCUAAUCAGAGCGCUCAUCGCCAAUGGAAUUGUGCCGGACCCAUCCGCUACGCAUCCAUCUCCCAGCCUCAAUACCAGCCCCUCUGUGGCUGGCUCUAGCAGAGCUAGGUAA